UGCCCGCAGUGUUUUUGGUUCCUUUCACUGCAGUAUAAGGUGGUGCCACUGUGUCCUGUCCUGUAGGAUCCACCGGCCCUUAGACAUGGCGCGUCUGGCCCUCCCUGUCUUCCUCCUUCUCUGCUUCUCCUUGCUCCACCUCAGCUCCAGCCGCCCGUCCCGCACCAGGAAGGCUGUGUCUGCUCAUCAGCCCGGAGAUGCAGCUGCAGAGGAAGAUGAUGUGAAGUCGCAGCUGGAGAGGCUGUGGCAGGAGGUGAACUCACUGAAGGAGAUGCAGGCGCUGCAGACAGUCUGUCUCCGAGGCAUCAAAGCUCACAAGAAGUGUUAUCUCACGAUUGAGGAACCCAAACAUUACCACGAAGCAAAUGAAGACUGCAUCGCACAAGGGGGAACCCUCGCGACGCCACGGGACAUGAUGGAGAACAAUGAACUGAGAGACUAUGCAAAGAGGAGCGCCCCGGGAUCCAAGGACUUCUGGAUCGGCGUGGCAGACAUAGUGAAAGAAGGCCAGUAUGUGGACGUCAACAGCCUGCCAGUCAGCUUUCUCAACUGGGACCGCUCCAAGAAGCAGCCCACAGGAACGAAGAGGGAGAGCUGUGUUGCCCUUUCAGUGGCUGCACAGGGAAAGUGGUACGAUGAGGUGUGUCGCAGCCUGAAGAAGUACAUCUGUGAAUAUGUCAUUCCUUAAAGGGAGUGUUGCUGUUGACAACCUGAUGAUCAUUCAUGCGGGUCAUUCAUUAAAAAUGUUGUCAGAUGAAACAUGGCUUGUCAUUGAAAAUUGUUGCUAAUUAGCUUUAAUACACAAAGCACUGACUGGUUACAUCAUGUCUCAGGUGAUUAAACAGAAAUAAACAAAAAUAUAAACUGUU